CGACAUCUUUCCUCUCUUCUUCACCUCUCUUGUUCUUUCUCUCCUUCUUCCCCCGGUUUUCGCUCAUUCUCCUCCCUGCCCUUUUUGUUCUUGUUCUCAUUCCUCUUGCUGUUGUUCGUCUUCUUGUUCUUUUUCUUCCCUGUGUUCUGGUUCUUGUUCUCGCCUUCAGGGACCUAGUAGAGAGACGACUGCGCUGUCGCUCGGAGGUCUUCCCUCUUCUCAAUCCGGUGUCUCCUUCGAACCUGUCCUCCAGAAGAGACAUGGGAGACUCCCUCUUUUUCUCUGUCGUGCAUGCUUCUUCCUCGCCAGUGUAGAAGUCGAAGUCUUUGCUCCAUCUACCUCCUCUGCAGCAGAGACAAGACACAAGCAGAGAAGGAGAUACUUGGAACGCAAAGUGACGGGGGCCGAGACGAAGGAGGAAGGUUAUUCUCUGCCUUGAUUCAUCGCUUGUCCUCAUUUCCGUCUAUCUUUCGCUUUGCUCUCUAGCUGUCUCCCGUCUCUUCCCCUGAGUUCUUCUCCCUCCUCUCUCGCUUCUCUCUCUUCUCUCUCUUCUCUCCCUUCUCUCCCUUCUCUCCCUUCUCUCUCUUCUUUGUUCCUGUCUCCCAAUCCUUCGUCUUCUCCUCUUGCUUCUCGAUCUUUCUGGGUCUCGACUUGCGCUUUCAUCUGUUGCUCGUUCUCCGUCCUGUCCUCUUGUCGUUCGUUUCCCGCCUUUCCAUUCUCGUCUCUUUCUUCUGUCGAGGCUUCGAGCACCAACAUGGCGACGCGCGGGGAAGCUCUGUCAUCUGAGGGCGACGAGAACAUCGAGCAGAGCCAGGGUCACCGAGGAACGCAUGCAGACCGUCCAAAGUGCACCAUCGUCCACUUGGACCUGGGCAUUGGGGGGGCAGAGCACCUCAUAGUUCUUGCGGCUCUCGCCAUGCAGGGCAGAGACUCGACGAGCGAAAGAGCAGACUCUCGAGGACAACAAAAGGCGGAAGAAAACGGCUCGCGAGCAGACGACGGCUACGAUGUCGAAGUCAUUACCACGCGUCACGACAGAAAUCGAUGCUUCCCUGCUACAGUCGAUGGCCGGCUGAAAGUCUUUGAGUAUGGCCAUUUUCUGCCGCGAAGCAUUUUCGGGAAGGCUGUCGCGUUCUGCUCACUCCUUCGCAUGCUCUGGCUUGUCCUCGUCAUCUUUGUCACAGGCCGGUGGAGACGAAACGUAAUCAUUAAUGAUCAAGUCGCAGCUGUGAAUCCCCUGCUCUCGUUUUUCUGUGAAAAGCUCGUCUUCUACGCGCACUUCCCGGAUUUGCUCCUCGUGCAGAGAACUCCGCAUUCUCCCGGUUUCUUCGCAGCGCUCAAGAAGCUGUACCGCGUCGUUAUGGACGGCAUUGAAGAAGCGACGACGGGGAAGUGUGACCUUCUUCUCUUCAACUCGCGCUUCACGGAGCAAACGUUUCGCCGCACGUUUCCGUCCCUGAGGUUCCCCCCACACACAGUGCUCUAUCCCCCGGUUGACACCGCUGGCGCAGAUGCCUUUCGUCGCCGCUUUUCGCGCGAUGCAUGCAUCGCCUCGCUCAAGGCCCUCCCAGAGUUCAAAAACUUCGACUUUUCGGUCCCCUUCGUCUUCUCACUGAAUCGCUACGAGAAGAAGAAAGACCUCCCGUUAGCCAUCCACGCGGUGGCGCAUGCACGCCGGCACGACGCCGCGGGCGCGCCUCUCAACCUCGUCAUGGCAGGAGGCUUCUGCAGCCAGCUGCCGGAGAACGGCGAGGUUUUUGCAGACUUGCUUCGUCUCGCACGCAUGCAGUCGGAGCUCGAUGUCCUUUGGCCUGCCGCUGCGUCGGAGCAGGGAUCGUCCGGGGCAUCGGAAAUCACGGAACGCACACAGGUCUUGUUCCUGAAAAACAUCAGCGAGGAGACGCGCCAGAGCCUCAUGGCCCUCGCUCUCUGUCUCGUGUACACGCCGUUCGAAGAACAUUUUGGCAUGGUGCCUUUGGAGGCGAACGCGCUCGGAUGCCCAGUCGUUGCCUCCAAUUCGGGGGGUCCUCGAGAGAGCAUUCUUCAUGGAAAGACGCGAAAGGGCGUCGCCGCUGCCCGGUCUUCUCUCGCCUUGCAUUCUGAGAUGCGACCGGGGAUUUCUGUGCGAACACGACGCGGGUAGUUUCGGAGACUCGAUCUUGAUGCUGGUUCGCAUGCAGCGGGGCGAGCCUCACAUCUACACGGUACGGUGGAGGCCGAUCAGAACCCGAAGACGAAAAAGAAUUCGGCGGAAACCGUUCAAAAGAAAGGAACUGGAGGUCAGGGCGUGGAGGCGGGGGAAAAGGCGAAGAGACUAGGAGAAGCAGAGACCAGAGAGACCGGAGUCCGCGAGAAUGAAAGGACAUGGGGAAACCGCAUGCGACAGAAGCAACAGGAGAUGCCGAGAAAGAAGACAGGGGGGAGAGCGAAGAUGGAGAGUCUACGGAGGUUCGUGCAUGGUUUUUCUCUGGAUUUGUUCUGGACUUGGCACCAGGUUGUUUUUCUUCUUCCUCUGUGUCCCGUGUUUGCAGGAGAUGAGGGAAAACGCGAGGCGUCACGUCAAGGAGAACUUCGAUUGCGGUCAGUGUCUCGCGGGACCCUCGAGGCGUUUUCUGUUUCUACUUGUGUUUACUUAGCUUCUCGUCCUGUCUUUUUUCGCCCUCGCAUUCGCUCUCUCUUUUUUCUCUUCCUUCGCGAUUUUCCAGGUGCGUUUGGAGCGCGACUUCGCCAGUUGGUGGCAGAAACUCAAAGAAGAGGCGUGCGAGGAGAAACGAAAGCGCUCUAGGAGAAGCAGGAGGAUUUUUGGAAAAUGUUAGCGGAGUGAAGGACAUUAGAGAUAGAGAACCCAAAAGAAAAGGAAAAGGAAGCAUUCAAGAAUUCGACUCCACUGUUUCUGUCACACUUUCGACACCGCUGCGCCUCCGAAGGACCCGUCUCGAUCCUCCACCUACAACUCUAUCUGCGUCAUAUACGUGGAUUUACACAUGCAUACACAGAAGCAAACACAGACAUAUAUGUACAUCUCCAUAUAAGUAGAUGCAUAGAUCAACUACUCAUGAAUGGAUCGAUGUCCAUGUUUGUUCCGAAAGGACUUAAAGGGGGCUAUAUGUGUGUGCUUAUCUGUCGUAUAGGGAGCAAUGCAUUUGUACGGUUUUUAAAGAAACCUUUGCGUGUACAGUAAAUCCGGCGGUGUUUGCCUUCUUCAAGUUUGACCAUGCAUAUGUCAUUGAUACAAAUUUCAGUCAGUGUUGUUCUGCAAGAUAAACGCUCUUCUGGGUCGGC